AAUAAGAACUACUACACUUUGUUUAAGCUCUCAAAAGAAAAAAGAAAUAGGAAAUGUUUCCCCAUAAAACUUUAACAAUGAUUUGAUGGUAUUUAACACGGAUGGCUUCCUCUAGCAAGCGUACCCGUUGGCAAAUUUUAGCGACUUUGGCAGGCUGUAUAAUGUCAUUAACCCACGGCAUUACUUUGGGCUGGUUCUCACCCACGUUGAACCUUCUCCUUUCCGACAAGAAUCCUUUUGGUGACCCACUGACCAUAAGUCAAGCUACUUUCGCUGGCUCAAUCGUGGCUCUUGGCGCUCUUUUGGUCACUUUUAUCCUUGGCUGGCCUCUUGAUUUUUUUGGCCGAAAGAUAGUCAUGUACGCUACUGCCGUUCCCAAUUUGAUCUACUGGAUACUUGUGUAUGUUGGAGGUCAUGUAGCCUGUUUAUAUGUGGCUCGUUUUAUGGUGGGAGUUUCCGGUGGCAUCUUGUUGGUGGUUCUUCCCAUAUUUAUUGCAGAAAUUGCUGAUGAUAAUGUCCGUGGAACUCUGUCGUCCCUUUUGAUGUUGACUUUGUGCGCCGGCAUAGCUCUGGGGCUUAUAAUGGCCACCUAUAUAUCCUACUAUGUGCUGCCCUUUAUCGGCAGUUCCAUGGCCAUAAUCUAUAUGCUGUCAAUCAUUCCACUGCCAGAGACACCACAGUUCCUCUUGAAACGGGGCCGCGAUGAGAAGGCCGAGAAGUCCUUCUAUUUUUAUAAGAACCUAAAAAGGAAGUCCCCGAGUGACCCAAUCAAAGAAGCCGAAGCAAAAGCGGAGUUUAACACAUUUCGAGAAAAUGUUCUCGGCGGCAAUAAUACCCAGAAAGCCCAUUGCAAGGAUUUCUUUAGCAAGGCGGCAUUGAAGGCUUUUGGCCUGAUCAGUGUGUUGCUUCUGGGCAACACUUUUUCCGGAGCCUUCGCAAUCCUGAACUACGCAUAUGAGAUCUUCUCCAAUCUGGGCAGCAGGAUAGACCCAAAUACCAGCGGCAGCAUAGUUGGGGUUUUCCAGUUGCUGGGCAUCUGCUGUGCAGUGCUCCUGGUGGACCGCUUGGGACGCCGCUGGCUGCUCAUCCCCUCGUUGGUGGGCACAGGUCUGGGUGAGCUGGGCGUGGGUCUGCUCAAGACCUUUGCCUCCAAGCAGUUCCUUAGCGACAAUGGCUGGCUGGGACUGGCCCUAAUAUGCUUUGUGGAAUAUAUAGUGUCCCUAGGGGUGAUUCCACUCACCUUUACGAUCAUCGUUGAACUGCUGCCGGCAAAGAUCAUUUCCAUUGGCACCUCUAUCAGUGUGGCCAGCUAUAGUAUCCUCCUAUUCGUGGCGCUUUUGUUAUAUCCGAUGUUGAUCAAAAACUACGGAGUGGCCUCCGCCAUGUUCAUGUCAGCCGGUGUUUGCUUUUUUGGAGCCAUAGUCCUGGGAAUCUUUUUGCCUGAGACUAAGGGAAAGCAAAUCUUACAAUAAAGCUAAAAAAGAACUAAUAGAUAUAUCAUAUAAUGUAGCUAUUUCACAAAAUCUAGAUACGUGAAUAAACUUCCAGAAUCGACGAAA